CUGCAGGAGCGAAAUGGAAGGUGACUUGGUAGCUAAAUUACUCCUAACUUUACGUGACAGCUCGAGAAUCUAGUGAAGAAAGUCGGUCAAGCAGGACAUGUAGGAGAACAAUCGUUCAAAAAAAAAAAAAACCGGAAGAAAAUGCUAUAGCGGCAGUCGAUAAGAAGGCAGUCUCAUUCAUGGUACUGGCAAUCAUAUCAACUUAUGCUGACGGCUUAACGACCUUCGUAAACCAUUGAAAUCCAAUUAACUCAUCGCAAGCCAUGAUGACAAUUAAAAGAAGCUGAUGACGACCCGUGUCAAUAAGUCCUUUAAAUUUCGACCGUCCGCUAACUUCUCAUCGACUGACGACACGUUAAUGGAGCUGAUCAUCACAUUUCUAGAAAUCCUAGGAUAUUGGACGCGGGCCGAUGGAGUUUUGCAUUCAUGGAGGGCCAAACUUUCGUUUCUUUUAAUCAUCAUCUGGUACACAAUUCCGGCCUUCGCUUUUGUCUACCGCCAAGCGACUGGUUUUCGUGAGUUAAUAAAAGCCUUGAUAGAGAUUAUCAUUAUUGGAAAAAUAAUAUGUCAGACCUUAAGUGUAAUUCAGUCUCGACCAUUACUGGAAAAAGUCUAUCACGAAGUUCGAGCGAUUUUGCAGCAUUGCUCUGUCGAUACACAGUACGAUAUCCAAGCUGCAGUGCGUGAUACAGGUAGCCACACCAACCGAUUUUUCAGAUUAUAUCUGACUUGCGAGAUAUCGGCUUCAGCAGUCUUCUCUAUGAUACCUGUAUUUAUCACCUGUGUCAAAUAUGCGGUGGAUGCAGUUGUUCCACUUCUAACCUUGAGUGUGGAAGCAGAUUUCGUAUUGUUCGAUCAUACAUCUAGUUUUUGGGUAUGGCUACCAACGGCGUUGGUGAGUUCUAUGGAGAUGCUAUUGCUCACUUUGAUGGCAUGUGUACAGGACAGUUUCAACUGGUGCAUGGUGUAUCAAGUUUCACGUUUGUUCAGCAUCAUUCGUAUGAAGGCCAGUAGAUUGGACGAAUUAUUGGAGAGCGAAAUUUUUGGUGAGAAAUUGGAGGAGAUCGUGAGGAUGCAGGAUGUUGCGUACAGAAGUGCCAAACAGUUGAAGAAAGUUCUCAGCCCAUUGUUGCUACUACUUUAUGGGACUUGUGUUGUCUCACUUUGUAUGACAAUGAUGGUGCUAACAAUAGCGAGAGGAGAUUGGCAACUACUAACCAAUAUGAUCAUUUUGGUUUGGUACAUAUUUUUCCAAAUAUUCUCCUACUCGGUGCUGGGCACAGAGCUGAUGAAUGCGAGUACAUCCGUUGCGGACGCUGUGUAUAGAAUCCAUUGGUACAAACGCCGAAUCGCCGAGCAGCGUUUGUUAUUGAUCGUUAUGAUGCGAUCGCAACGCGGAGCGAGUUUAACGGCGACUGAUUUUUUCAUCGUUAACAGAGCGAGCUUUGGUAUGGCGCUUCGUUCGGCAUUUUCGUACUUCACUGUUCUAAGACAGUUCUAUGCGUCAAAGUGA